UCAUGGAUCAGAUAGAAUAUUUGUGGCUCACGGGAUGGAACGCUAUAAAUUGGCAGCUUCUUCUUCAGAUACUCUCGGAGAUCCUUGAUAAGAUGGCGGAACCUCUGAGGAGAACGCAAGUCUCCCCCGUCCACAUCUGUAGCACCUCCAUCACUCAUCAAGCCUUCCAACUCUGGGCCAGGGAGUGGAACAAAAUUCUUAUACGGAUAUUUACAGAGAAAUUGUAUGAGGAAGGGGCAGAUAUAGUGCUAAUGAUCCAGGCCGACAUGUUGGCGUAUCACUCUGCUGAUGAACCGAUGCAGCUUGGACUCCCUGAAUGGUUUGUAAAGUCUUUUCAUCUCAAAUUAUGGCUUAAAAUAUCGUAUAGGAUUGGAAGUCCAGUUGCUGCUUUGCUUCUUUCGAAUAUAUCAUCCAUAUAUGUCCCCGAUUUGACGCUAACCUGGAUAGGUUUUACCGCUACGCAAGUCUUUGAACGAGCCGGCUGGAUCAUAGAUCCUCAUUAUCACAGCUCUGGGGAUUUUAGCAAUCGUACCAAUUACGAUCUAGAUCAAGUUCAGUCCAUCGCGAAGUACUACACACCGCAGGAUUUACUUUUGAUGCAUAAAUAG